AGUACGACACUGUGUCAGGGAGAGGGAGAGUGUGGACCUGCCGGCUCAAACCUGUCGUCUUGUGCUACAACUUUUUAAACCGUCGUUUUCUUUUGGAUCUUUCUUUCUGACACUUCCUGGAGGAGGGAAUCACUCUUAUCUUUUCCCACCUAGGGGGGAGCUUUUCCAUCUCAUUUAACGGAAGCUUUUCAUUUCCUGGGACAGAGAGUGUAUCACAGUUGAAGCCCUGCGCUGUCGUGUAUGCAUGGAGGCUGACUGGUGGAGGCUUCCUGUCCUGUGCUGCUGAGGUCACUCAGCCGUCAUUUCCAACCAGCGUGGUCUUCUGCAGGCCUGAAGGAGAGCAAAAAGGCCCUGCCAUCCGACGAGCCUGGAACUGCAUGGACAAGAAGGAAAAAAUAAACAAAGGCUUUAAAAAGAGGCGCCCUACAUGAAUUCCCUUAAAUCCUGAAAGGCAAAUACUGCAAGUUGGGCUGGCGGUCCCUAGGGGAGGCAUGUGGACAAUGAGUAUGGCUUGGCUCCAUCUCCCGGCCUACGUUAUCCUGCUCGUCUGCUGCCUUCAUACGGCCUUCACGGAAAACGAUGUCACUCCACGCCUCUCAUUCCCCUACAAUGCAAAGGAGAGGACCACCAGAAGUUUCUCAGUCAGCGGGGUCUUGAACUAUACGUCCCUCCUCCUCAGUAAAGAAGACAACAUGCUUUACAUCGGCGCUCGGGAGAUUCUCUUUGCUCUCAACCUGAGCGAUAUCAGUGCAGUCAAGCUACAAAGAAAUCUCACAUGGGAAACUCCAAAGAUGAAGAGAGACGAGUGCAGUUUCAAAGGCAAAGACCUGCAGACGGACUGCUUCAAUUACAUAAAGAUUUUACUGCCGCUGAACAGCACUCAUCUGUAUGUUUGUGGAACAUACGCCUUCAGCCCCACCUGUGCUUACAUAAACACUGCCGACUUCUCCCUCGUCAAGAGCGACUCCGGCGAGAUUGUAACAGAGGACGGACGAAGCCGCUGCCCGUUCAACCCCGAGUAUAAGUCGACCGCCAUCAUGGCUGAUGGAGAGCUGUAUGCUGGUACAGUCAGUAAUUUCCAAGGAAAUGAACCAAUCAUCUACAAGAGUCUCAGCCAAGGGACUGCUCUGAAAACAGAAAACUCACUCAACUGGCUCCAAGACCCGGCCUUUGUUGGCUCUGCCUACAUACAGGAGAGCCUGCCCAAGGGCAACCUCGUGGGCGACGACGAUAAGAUUUACUUCUUCUUCAGUGAAGCAGGAAAGGAGUUUGAUUUCUUCGACAACACCAUUGUGUCACGCAUUGCUCGCGUGUGUAAGGGCGACGUCGGAGGAGAGAGGGUUCUGCAGAAGAAAUUUACGACCUUCCUAAAGGCUCAACUCUUGUGCUCUCUGCCUGACGAUGGCUUCCCUUUUAACAUAAUCCAGGACAUGUUCGUGCUGACACCCAGCCCAGAGGGGUGGGAACACACCGUGUUUUAUGGAGUCUUCACGUCUCAGUGGUAUAAAGGUGCUUCAGGAAGCUCUGCAGUUUGUUCCUUUACUAUGGACCAGGUGGAAAAGGCAUUCAGCGGGCGAUACCGUGAGGUCAACAGAGAGACUCAACAGUGGUAUACCUACAACCACCCGGUGCCAGAGCCUCGACCUGGAGUGUGCAUCACAAACGCACUGAGGGAACAGGGCAUCUCGUCCUCGCUGCACAUGCCCGACAAGGUGCUGAACUUUGUCAAAGACCACUUCCUGAUGGACAGCGUCAUCCGCAGCCAGCCUCUCCUGCUGAAACGUAACGUCCGAUACACGCAGAUAGCCGUCCAUCGAGUCAAGGCUGCAAAGAAGGCAUACCACGUGCUCUUCAUCGGCACAGACGAUGGCAGGAUUCAUAAAGCGAUAAACGUGAAGAACAAGAUGCACAUCAUCGAGGAGAUGGUUCUCUUCAGCAAUUCCCAACCGGUGCAGCACAUCGAGCUGGACACUGAAAAGGGCCGGCUUUAUGUUUCCUCUUUCUCUGAGCUGGUUGAUGUCCCAGUAGCUAACUGCACCAACUAUCAGAGCUGCGGGGAGUGCGUCCUCUCCAGGGAUCCGUACUGUGCCUGGAAUGGGAGGCAGUGUGUGGAUGUCAGACAGGCUGCUUCUAGCAAUGCCUGGCAGCAGGAUGUUGACGAGGCAGACACAUCGGCUAUUUGCAACAAGACAGUGCCAAGCCCACGGUUUGCUAAACCUCCACCUACACGACCGUCUUCAUGCCAGGUGAUUAUCAUCCCGGCCAACACGUUCAAAGUGCUGCCUUGCAAGCUGCGCUCUAAUCUGGCCGAGAGGAAGUGGCAGUUCAGCGAGAGCGCAGGUCACUUCCACUACCCCAGCCCAGAGGGGGGGCUAGUGGUCGUGGCUCAGGCUGACAGGCAAGAGAGCUACGAGUGCUGGUCGGUGGAGGAAGGCUUCAAGCAGCUGCUGGCAAACUACUGCGUGAGGGGCGAGGCCAAGCAGGAGAGCACCACCCUGACGGGCCGCUCGCACGCGCCGCACGUCUCCCAGGAGGAGUUCAUCAUCCUGCCGGGGAAGGCGCGCUCACCGCAGAUCAACACAAAGACCUACUGGAACGAGCUGAUAGUGGUGUGCGCCCUCUUGGCGUUCUCCCUGCUCGUCUUCUCGCUGUUCGUGGUCUACAGGCACCGCGACCACAUGAAGUCCAUACUCAAGGAGGGAGAGUGCCCGAACAUGCAGCAGAAGAAGCCCAGGAUAGUCGUGGGGAAACCCGCCGAGAACUUGCCGCUGAACGGCAGCGCGGUCACAACGUCGGCCUCGGACCACAAAGGGUACCAGACCCUUAACGACAACUACAUCUGCAGCACGCCGCCGCACGAGUGCUCGUCGCCGGAAAACAGCAAGAGCUUCUCGGAAUCGGAGAAGAGGCCUCUGAACUUGAAAGAGAGCCGCGUGGAGAUCUCUCCCACGUGCCCGCGGCCACGAGUCAGACUGGGCUCUGAGAUUAAAGACUCGAUAGUUUGAGACAUGACUUCAUGUAAUGUGGAGCGACUCAUUUUCAAAACUGAAAGGAAAGGGUGCACUUGAUGAGAAAGACACAAAAAACGAGGGGACCCUGAGGAGCACCCUGAGGAGCACCAGGCUCUUUGUGGAGAGAUAUUUCAUUACACAGAUUUUGCACUUUUUUUUUUUGUUCUAUCCCUGUGGUCCAUGUACAUUUCUUAUUACUUGUCCUCUCACUCCCUCUUACUGAGUGCAUUCGAACGCACACUGAAGAAGUUCCAGUUUGCCUUCAAACUUUUUUUUUUCCACACAGCUCACAGGAAUGUAUCAAGCGUAGGGUUGUAGGUGGCCUGACCAUGAUUCAGUGAUGGGAUUUCAAAGCAUUUGCCAACCAAGUCCGUCCAUCAAAUAAAAUCUACUGGCAGUUGCUUUGAAAGCCCAGAGUGAGAUUCAAGCUUGUUUCUAACUAACAGCUGAUGCAGUGUUUGCCGUGUUAUUCCCCUUCUAUCAUAUGGUAAGAGCCCUACCCUAUCGCUGAGGCUAUGCACUAUGUACUUGUUCUGUAGCAAAGUAAACACUCACACCAAAAUAUACAAAACAAUCCAGUGGCAGGAAGGACGGGGGGAAAAAAAAAUGUCAUGACAUAGAUUUUUAGAGAGCCUGUGUGCAUUCACAGAUAUACUUAUUGUUAAAUAUAACACUUCAACCGAGAAAUAAUACAGAGCAAAAGAGCAUUAGGUGAAGAACACACAUAUAAGUAAUCACCUCAGUGGACAUGUUGUAGAAACUCUUACCACUUAAAUCACUACACACACCAAAAAAAAACCUAUGUAGUUAGAUAUGAAAACAGUUUUUUUUUUUAGUAUUGGUAUUAUGAGCUGGUAGAAAGACUUGACUUUCUGCAAGGUUUUCUGUUAUAAAUGUUAUAAAGGAAAAAAUCUCAUUCCAGGUAUUAUCUUGAGAUAGGCAGUCUAUGCAAAGCAAACAAUGUGAAGUGGAGGCAAACACCAAGACAUCCUCUCCUCGAGACUGAGUUAGCUUACACACACAUAAACACACACAUAAACACACACACACACUCUUUGUUUUCAUCGCACUAACUCUAAGUAUGCAAGAGGUUCUAGCCAUUUCCUGGUGUUUUAGCGAGAACGAUACAAAGACAUUUUUCAUUGCAACAUUUUCAGAGGAAAGUAUAAUCAACAUUUGAACACUGCACCUACUCAUUAUUUGACAUAAAUAGCCUAACAAACAUCUAUAUAGCAUCAACUUUGAUAAACACAUGAACUGGUGAGAGCUAAAGUAUGGCAGAAAUGCCCUCUGCUUACUUAAAUGAUCUUAAAGGCAACUGUAAAAGGCAAUAAUAAUCACUGUCAUCCCCAUUAUUAAACAUCAUCUUGAUUAACCAUCUCAUGUUCCAGAAAUAAUAAAACCAUCAAAUCCAAGCGAUUCAUGAGUCAGAUGUUAAGAGUAACUUUAAAGCAUUUUGUCAUUACUAUGGAAGUCUUAUUUCAGUUUGGCUGUGCAGCCUUCAAAAUUCAAAUCUCACAA